AUGGUUUCACUGUCAAACAAGAGCUGCGGUAAAUAUGGUUGCCACCAUUUUGUUAGGGUUUAUCUUUUCUUCUUCCUCCUCCUGAAAAAUGAAAUCUCCAAGCAAGCAAAAUUCUCUGCUUUGCUACUGCAGUUAGGGGUUUUCUUGAUUUACUGUUAAUUUUACUUCACUGGUUCUGUUGUGUUCCCCGAAUCACCACCAUUCUUCAGUUAUAGGAAAAGCGCAUUUCUUCUCAAAUUCCACGAUGCGCAAGAACGAUGAUAUCCGCUUUUCAUCUUCUACUAUCAAGAUCCCUCUCUCUUCUCCACAUUAUCCUCUCUUCAACAACCUACAGUUUUGCUCAAAGGCCAUAACGUCGAAACUCUUGGGCGCCCGCCACUCGCUUAGUCGGCUCGUGGGCUCGUUCGGAACUCGCUCCGGGAACUCCAACCUGUGUUCCUUCUAUGCUCAGAAGCUCCAUUCAGCCACGGGGUUGCUCGUCGGCAGGUCGUCUCUCCUCUGCUCAGCAUCAUUGUCCUUAGCCCGUCACAACGAGCCACCUCCGUUCGAGUGUAGUUCUUGCUCUGAAGAAAGAGUACCGGUCGGGAAAUCUUCUUUGCUCUGCUCCGCGUCCCUGUCAUUAAGUCAACCCAUCGAUUUGACUCAAUCUGGGUCGGACUUGAGGGAAACGCAGCAACAAAAGGGUCACUCUGUUAGUCGACACGAUGAAGAGAGAGUGCUGAUAAGCGAGGUCUUGGUUAGGAACAAAGAUGGGGAGGAGCUUGAGAGAAAGGACUUAGAGAUGGAGGCACUGGCUGCUUUGAAGGCUUCCCGAGCCAAUUCAGCGCUCACUGUCCGCGAGGUACAAGAAGAUGUGCAUAGGAUCAUUGAUAGUGGAUACUUCUGCUCGUGUAUGCCAGUUGCCGUUGAUACCCGUGAUGGUAUUAGAUUGGUUUUUCAGGUAGAACCAAAUCAGGAGUUCCAUGGUUUGGUCUGUGAAGGUGCUAAUGUUCUUCCUACAAAGUUUCUAGAGGAUUCUUUUCGUGAUGGAUAUGGAAAAGUGGUAAAUCUUAGGCGUUUGGACGAAGUAAUAUCAUCAAUCAAUGGUUGGUACAUGGAUCGGGGGCUUUUUGGCUUGGUUUCAGGGAUUGAGAUUCUUUCUGGAGGUAUAAUAAGGCUUCAAGUUGCAGAAGCUGAGGUCAAUAAUAUCUCCAUUCGUUUCCUUGAUCGGAAGACUGGUGAACCAACUAAAGGGAAGACAAAGCCAGAAACCAUACUUAGGCAACUUACAACCAAGAAGGGGCAGGUGUACAGCAUGCUUCAAGGGAAAAGAGAUGUAGAUACUGUAUUAACUAUGGGAAUAAUGGAAGAUGUUAGCAUUAUUCCUCAACCUGCCGGAGAUACUGGUAAGGUUGACUUGAUAAUGAAUGUUGUCGAACGUCCAAGUGGAGGUUUUUCUGCUGGUGGUGGCAUAUCAAGUGGGAUAACAAGUGGCCCUCUAUCGGGACUCAUUGGAAGCUUUGCAUACUCUCAUAGGAAUGUUUUUGGAAGAAACCAGAAACUUAAUAUUUCCUUAGAGAGGGGCCAGAUAGAUUCUAUUUUCCGCGUAAACUACACAGACCCAUGGAUUGAGGGAGACGACAAGCGAACAUCUAGAACUAUUAUGGUUCAGAAUUCAAGGACUCCUGGAACUCUUGUUCAUGGUAACCAACCAGAUAAUAGUAGUCUGACAAUUGGUCGUGUGACAGCUGGUAUAGAGUUUAGUCGGCCAAUCAGGCCAAAGUGGAGUGGAACAGCUGGGCUUAUUUUUCAGCAUGCUGGUGCUCGUGAUGAAAAAGGAACUCCUAUUAUUAAGGACUUCUACAGCAGCCCUCUCACAGCAAGUGGUAAAACUCAUGAUGAUACAUUACUGGCCAAAUUUGAGAGUGUCUAUACUGGUGCUGGUGAUCAUGGCUCCUCAAUGUUUGUACUUAACAUGGAACAAGGGCUUCCUGUCUUGCCUGAAUGGCUGUUUUUCAGUAGAGUUAAUGCCCGUGCUAGGAAAGGUGUAGAAAUUGGCCCUGCUCGCCUUCUACUAAGUUUAUCUGGUGGUCAUGUGGUGGGGAACUUUUCUCCCCAUGAAGCGUUUGCCAUUGGUGGAACAAACAGUGUUAGAGGUUACGAAGAAGGCGCAGUGGGAUCUGGUCGAUCCUAUGUGGUUGGCUCUGGUGAAAUUUCUUUUCCUGUGCAUGGGCCAGUUGAAGGGGUUGUUUUUGCUGAUUAUGGAGCUGAUCUUGGAUCAGGCUCUACCGUGCCUGGUGACCCUGCUGGGGCAAGGCUGAAGCCUGGAAGUGGAUAUGGAUGUGGGUUUGGCAUCCGUGUGGACUCGCCUUUGGGGCCUUUGCGCCUUGAAUAUGCAUUUAAUGACAGGCGCAUGACAAGGUUUCACUUUGGUGUUGGUCACAGGAACUAAAAGAGGUUUUUUCUUUUUUUCUUUUUUUUUUUCUUCCUUCCAUCACAUUAGUUUUAUACUAUUUGGAAAUUAUUUCUGAUAAAACAAUUUUUUGUGCUUC